AUGGAUUGUCAUCAAAUGAAAUCCGUUAUUUCACUUGUGGAUUCGCUAGUGCGCUCUGCGCAAGACAGAAGGUCCCGUAUUCGCAACACUUCCCCGACGGACUUCUCCGUCUGCAGUAUCUUGGGUCUAGAAAGUGUCGUCACUAAAUCUUCUUUAAGCUCUGGUAAGGUUAAAGUAACUCUGACAUUAUUUGUUUAUGCAGUCAUUGCAUCAGGCUUUUUCCACUGACAGUUAAAUAUAAACUUUACUUUAUUAAUCGAAUCUCCGUUUUCGGUUGUUGUAGUCAUGCUUGUUGUUAGUGUUUAUUUCCAUGUACUAACCUUGAACUAAAGGAACUACAAAUUUUCCGCCACCACUACAAAUACUUAACACAAUCUAACUAGUUCAUUCUGUCUUGUACCUAAGUAAUAAAAAGUUGAUUAUAGAACACGUUUGAAACUAAAUGUUUAUUUUUCUUUUACAGAAUGUAACAGUCCUACCAGUCCGCCUUUAUCGCCUUACUCCGACUGCACAAGUCCUCGUCCCAGCCACAUGGUACCUAGUCCACCGUUAACACCUUACUCGGACAUUACAAGUUCCAGCAGCGAUUGUGACAGCGAGCCCGAUCAAGCUUCGACUCCAACCGAACAUUCAACGAAGAAGAAGCGACAACGCACGACCUUCUCACCGAUGGAAGUUUUGGAGCUGGAACGAGCAUUCAGACGGCGGCCAUAUUUGCUAAAAGAAGACGCAGAAGAACUGGUACAAAGACUCGGAAUCACGGCUAAAAGCCUGAAGGUGAGUUUCCUACAUUAAAGUAAAUUAAAAGAAACAUGAGCAUGUGUAACCUUAGAGGAAUGGAAUUUCAGUUGCCUGGGUUUUGAAUUUGUUCUAAUCAUUUUCAGUUUUGUCGGAAAGUGAGUUGUAAAGUAAACUAUGAUUACCGAUUCGAAACUCGGCAAUUGCAGAGUGAUUUUUCACUCCAGUUAGAAAAUGUUUUUGAGUACUCGCUUUUAUCGAACAGUAAUUACACGCCAUCUUGCAAAGUUACACUUCAUGCAUGUUAGUUUAACAUGUGUGAAGUGUAACUUUGGAAGAUGACGUGUCAUCACUCUUUUCCUAAAUCAUCUAUUUUUUUUAGCAAUCUUCGAAACGUGUGUAGUCAUGGUAUUUUCUUCAAAUGAUGUGAAGUUUCUAUUACAUGUAAUUGUACAAUUCACAAGGCAAUUUGAAUGCCGUUUUGCAGUCAGAGAAAAAUCUUUAUAGGUUCAGUGUGUUGUAUAGAUUUUCUCUGAUAUUGCCCGAAUUUAGUUAACCCUUUCACUGCCAGAUCAGGCUACAGUACUUGAUGGAGUUUUGUAAGGCGACUCUAACUUUUGAGUCUGUGGACCAAAUCCUAUGAUGUGACCAUUCAAAUGAAAGCUCUCUGCCUGUACUUACACAUGGUACUAUUUGUUUGUCAAAAGUUUAGAAAACGAAAUUUGGAAAUUUGGUCGAAAUUUGCCUUUGGCCACAUUUGGCAGUGAAAGGGUUAAUAAGUCAGAUUUUUGUUCUCUUUCUUGCAGUAUUGGUUUCAAAACCGACGGGCCAAAUCAAGGAAACUGGAGAAAAAGAUUUCAUCUGUCUGUCAGUCCAGCCUGUCAAACCAGUUUAAUAGCCGAGCCUAUUCAGAUCACUGGAAACAAGGCGAACGAGUGUCUUGUCCAGCGAUGGAAAGCUACUUAAGAGAUAGUCAGAGAACAGUUGCCAAUCGUCAACUCUCAGUCGAGUCAAACCGUGUACCCAAGUUCCACCUUGAUCAGUUCACAAUCAGACCUUUUGGGCCCGCAAGACUACCGUACAGCCGUGCCUUGUAUAGAUAUCAACCAUACUGA